GACCCGGGACGGCCUCCGAGCGCAGCCCGGGGCCUGGCGGCCGUGGCCAGCUAGAGGCGGGGAGCGGGCCGCGGGGGCUGCGGCACACAGGUGCGGGGGGCCAGCGCCGCAGCAAGUGCAGCUCGGACUCGCGGACCUCACCGGUUUGCCUUCCACUCGUACUGUGUUUUUCACCACUGUUACUGAUUAGCCUAAGGAUUCUUUCUCGCCCUUGAAUGCCUGCCUUCAUGCCAGAUUUUCUUCCAUUUGCACCCAGUUAUCUUCAGGAUGGGGGAACAGAACCAAUCUCCAGGGAACGAGCUUCAGCAAAGGACACGAGUAGAAGCUCCAGGAAAGAAAAGUUGGCACACUCAGGCCUACGCCCUUGGGGCUGUUUCCAAUUUUAUGUCUACUUUCCUGACUUUUCCUAUCUAUAAAGUUGUAUUCCGGCAACAAAUUCAUGCUGUUGCAGUGUCAGAGGCUGUGAGAAUGCUUUGGAAUGAAGGCCCUCAAUACUUCUACCGCGGAAUCUACCCACCGCUUCUCUCCAAGACUUUGCAAGGGACUCUCUUGUUUGGGACUUAUGAUAGUAUGUUGUGCUCUCUCUCCCCAGUUGGGCCACACUCCCUGGGACACCGCUGGGCUGCAGGGCUCAUGUCUGGUGUGGUGGAGGCUGUGGCACUCAGCCCAUUUGAAAGAGUGCAAAAUGUGCUUCAGGAUGGUCGCAAACAAGCCCGCUUCCCCAGCACCUUCAGCAUUCUCAAGGAAUUCAACUCUUAUGGGCUUUGGGGGCGGCUGUCACUAGGCUAUUAUCGUGGUUUCUGGCCUGUCCUUGUCAGAAACAGCCUGGGGAGUGCUCUGUAUUUCUCCUUCAAGGACCCCAUCCAGGAUGGGUUGGCAGAGCAAGGCCUGCCCCACUGGGUUCCUGCAUUGGUGUCUGGGGGUGUCAAUGGAACAAUCACCUGCCUAGUUCUGUAUCCACUUAUUGUGUUAGUUGCCAAUAUGCAGUCCCAUAUUGGCUGGCAGAGCAUGCCAAGCCUGUGGGCCUCAGCCCAAGAUGUGUGGGAUACUCGGGGCCGAAAUAUACUCCUGAUCUACCGUGGCGGCUCGCUGGUCAUUCUAAGGUCUAGUGUGACAUGGGGACUCACUACUGCUAUCCAUGACUUCCUGCAGAGGAGGUCUCAUUCCAAGAAAGAGCUGUAAGAUAUUCUAGCUAUAAGAUGUCUGGUCAUGACAACUUUGUUGUUCUACGCCUUCCUAGGUUGGUCUCAAUAGUUUACUUCUUUGAUUUAGGUACUUAAUGCAGUCAUUCUUUAGCCUCUUUGAACUGUCAAUGCACAUAAGAAAUUCCCAACUACCAGUCUGGUUGGGCACAUGGACAAAGCCCAACAGGCUUCCGUAGUCAGAAAGAAGGUCACCUCAAUCUAUCCACAGCUUCAAUGGCCUCAGGAACUGGAGGUCUUUAAGUAACAUGUAAUUCAGAUGAAAUGUUUAUUCCUCUAAGGAAUUCCUUAGAGGAAAUUCCAGAGGAAGCUCUAGAAUAAUUCGGAGGAAACCUAAAUGAAGCACUCUGAGUUCUGGGAGCUCUACAGUUAUCCUUAGAGAAAACUCAAUAAAGGACCAAGAACAAUUUCAAAGACCCAAACUUGACUCUUAGAAUUGGAAAUCCAUAAAACAUCUUACAUUACUACAUUUUCAUGACAUAUUUUAUUACCCCUGCCACUACCACUUAUCACUUCUCAUGGCUGUGUGGGUCCUGGGUUCACAAUGGCAGUUGUGACUCUAAACCCUACGUUUAACUCAGCUCAACAGAUAAGCUGAAAGAACUAGAGGCUGGAAGCAGGAAAGGGAAGAGGAUGGUCCCUGAGUGAAUGAAAAUAAUCGACUUUGAGAGAAGAGAUUUAGUUGCAUGAAAAAUAGAAAAAUUUACUAUAGGUUUCUUGGUACUAUAUAUUGGGACUUUAUUUUUUAGAAAGGUCUAGAAACCACUUGAGGUCUUCGAAGAAACAUGGUAGUGAAACGACCAUAUCUUUUCACAAAUAAUUGCUACUGUAUUGCUGUGAAUAUAGUCAUAUAAAUAACAGUGAUGUAUACAAAAUAUCAGAAAUGUUAACCUGUUUGUUAGAGUCACUUGAAAUGUGAACCCAUAUAACUUGAAGCAUUUUAUCAUACCACUCCUACCCACUUACAUCUAUCGAAUUUACUGGCCAAACAUGACUGUUUUCUCCCUAAGCAUGUUGCAAACUUCCCGUGGCCUUGCUUUGGCCUACCCUGUUCUCCACCUAGUGCCCCUUCUCCAAAUGCCAUCCUUCCAUUUGGAGACAUCCGUUGACAUCCUUCCAGUUUCUCAAAGCCCAGCUCAGAUGCCGGCUUUUCGAUAGAGUCUCUUUUGAUUUCUCACAAUUGAAUAUUUCAUUGGUCUCUUGUGAUGUCCCUCUCCAUGAAGACUUAAUUCAUGGCACUUCCAUUAUAUCACUGAUACAUGUGACUCUGUGUUCUUGGUUUUUCAAUACCUCCUACUACAAUUAAACCUCCUUGAAAGCAGGGAUUAUUGUACGAAUUUGAAAGUCUCUCAUUUUGCCUAGGUGCUUAAUAAUGUUGACUGGAUUAUUAAAUUGAUUAUCAUACUGUGAUAUUGUCUUUAUCCUCAGGGUGCUGUCCCUUGUAUAUAAAAAUAAUGUCAUUAGCUCACUGUCAGUAAGACACAUACCUUUGGGGUGUUAUUUUGUUUUCUUUCAUUAGGGGAUUUAGUUUUAUGCUAUUAUAAUGCUGCUGAUGAUAAUAAUAAAAUGACUUUCAA